CUAAAACUCUUCCCUGGUAGAAUGCUCGAAUAUCAACCCAAGCAUGCAAUGCAUUAUAAGCUUGAGGACUUCAUGACAGUUGUAGAAUUCUCUGCUGAAAACCCGUAUGGUAAAGCUAUAGCUUUGUUUGACAUGAAAUCUGGUCUUGUUCAGGUUAGUGAAGACUGGUUUGUCUUGCCUGCUCUCCUGAUAUCAUUUAUACUUUCGGGCCUAUUUAAGAAGGGUGGGCCAAUUACAGUUACUCAUUCGGAGAAUCUCAUAGAUGUCACCAGUUUGGAUGUGAAAGCCAGGGAUGAUUACACAUCGGCCACAAAUGUGGUAGCUAUUGAAUCUGCAAGCACAUUAGCUCUAGAUAAGAGCUUCAGUGACAAUAUGGGAUGUGUGGACAAAGGUAAUUCUGCCAAUGCCGGGGCUUGUGGUGGCUGUGGUGCCGGUUGUGGUGGCGACUGUGGAACCAUGGUAAAGAGCGGUGGCUGUGGCACUGGAUGUGGUGGCAGCGGUUGCGGAGAUGGAUUCGCAAGUGCCAAACGUACUGGCUGCGACGAUGGUGGUGGUUGUGGAGGCUGUGGUGGUGGUGGAGGUUGUGGAGGCUGUGGUGCAGCGAUAAAUUUUAAUGGAUCAAGGCAAGCCUCUAGUGAGGUAACUCCUGUUGGUGCUUAGCCAUUUGUUAUCGUGUAUGCUUGUACGUAAAUAAAGGUUCAGAUUAUUUAACUAAUAACGGUGGCUAUUACUAUUUUGGUUGUCCACGGCAACCAGAACUAGUUCUAGCUUUGUUCAAUACAAGCAAAAGCUUUGCGAUCAAUCUUGUUGAUGAACACAGCAAUUCUGUUGUGGUGGAUGGUCUUACAGUUCUAGUAGAAGUUGUAAUUCAAUCAAAAAACUCAGCAUCAAUACGCAGUCAUCAUGUAACUAUUUCUUCAUUUGCCCUGUAAUGCUGCUCCCUGCAUAUUUACUUUGAAUGUGGAUUUAGCAGUUUUUUUCUGGCA